UAAGACAACUACAUUCCAUGUAACAAAAAUAUUUAUCGUGUUACUGAAUAAAUUAAAUACAAUUUGUGAUGGAUUCAUCUCAAUACAUACUAACCAAUUUACGACAAGAUAUUACAGAAAAUAAUUUGCAAUUGAAGGCCAUCAUUCAGGAUAUCAAUGCAUGUGUCGGUCCAUUGGCAGAACUGCAUGCGCUUAACAGCGCGGGACGUUCGAAAAUAUCUGCUCUAAGGAAAUUUAUAGACAGAUUUGGAGAUAUCGCAAAGGAAAAUAAAGAUCCAGUAUUACUGAAGGAAGUCGUACUUCAAAGGGAGCAGUUGGCGAGUACAAUGGAUGCUUUUAAAAAAGCAAAUUUGAAAUCGAUGUUGGUUAUAGAAAAAGGGGCAAAAGAGGAACUGCUCAAACCGACCAAUGAAGAAACCGUUCUUCGCCAAAGACAAAAGCGGGAUAAAGAAAGUAUGGCAAAAAUGAGUUCCAACGUAACGGAUCAAUUAUUAUCUAUAAGCCGUCAACUAGCAGAUACGACAAAACGUAGCGCUGAAACUUUGGAGACCCUUGUGACAUCCUCCGAUAGUGUUACUGGGACGCAGGAAGAACUGAAAUUUACUUCCGGCACGAUAUCCCAGUCUGGUAAAUUGUUGGCAAAAUAUGGCAGGAGGGAAUUCACGGAUAAAAUCCUCAUGUUUUUUGCGUUUGCUUUCUUUAUUGCUUGCGUUAUUUACAUUGUACAGAAAAGAUUAUUUUGAAUUCAAAUAGUACAUAUUCAUUUCAUUUAACUUAACGGUAUUUGUGAGAUAAAUAUAAUCGUACUCUACGUAUAGUCGUGGACAAAAAAGAUUUCCGAUCCAAAACUUUUAAAAGACUAAUUUUCCCAACUGUCGGACACGUUUAUUUGCCAUUAAAUCUAUCUCUCACUUAUGCAUCUAACUUUUUGUGAGAUAAUCUAGAUUUAAUUGGCAAAAAGAAUUAGUAGGAGGUGAAAAAAAUGGCCACAUUAAAAUACGAAACUAGUAAAAUUCCAUUUUGUGCAGAGCCGUAAGCAGUUUAAAUCGGAAACUGUUUAUUAUCCACAACUGUACCAAUCACUUGAACGCUAUAGCAAACUGCAGUAGGUACUUCUACAAGUAGUUAUGUUGGGUUUACCAGGAAACUAUGGUAAAUUUACGUACAUAUUUUAUAUUUUAAAAUUGUUGAAAAUAAAGAUUACCUACUUAUA